GCCCAUCAUGUCGGCGCAACGAGCUGCCGUCAAGACCACGUACAGCGUCGCUCGCACCCUGCAGCCCAUCUACGCGGGCGGCAGCCUGGCCCUCAGCGAAGACGGGCGCAUCUUGGCCGCCAGCUUGGGCGAGGAUGUCCUUCUGUCCGACCUCACCAACGGCCAGGAGCUGGCGAGGGUCGAGGGCGACGGCGAGGCCAUCACGGCCCUCAUGCUGACGCCGUCCGCAUCCCACCUCGUCGUCUGCUCGCGGUCGCUGUCGAUGCGCUUCUUCGCCCUCCACCCCCCGGCCACGGACGACGAAACCAUCGAGCUCGAGCUUCUGCGCACAUUGCGGCCCCACACAUCGCCCGUAGUCACCCUGGCCACAGACCGCACCGGCACGCUGGUCGCAACCGGAGGCGCAGACGGCGUCGUCAAGAUCUGGGACAUUGUCGGUGGCUACACGACGCACAGUUUCCACGGCCACGGCGGCGUCGUCUCGGCGCUGCACUUCUUCGAGGUAGAGGUGGCGGAGCGCCCAGACGCCCCCGAGAACAACAGAAAGAGGAAGAGGAAGUCGCGCCCAGAAGCUGCCGAGCUGGAGCACGCCCAGGGCGAGAGCCAGGUGCAGUUCCGACUGGCCUCUGGUGCCGAAGACGGCAGGAUACGCAUUUGGGACCUGCACAAGCGAAAGAGCGCCGCCGUGCUCGACUCGCACGUCUCCGUUGUGCGCUCACUACAGUACUCGCCGCACGAAAAGGCCCUCGUGUCUGCCAGCCGAGACAAGACGCUGAUUGUCUGGGACUCGCACACGUGGAAGGCGCAGCGCACAAUUGCUGCUCUCGAAGGCAUCGAGAGCGCAGGCUUCCUCCCAGACGGCAACACGUUGUAUUCGGGUGGAGAGAACGGCCGACUGCGCCUCUGGUCAGCGUCCAGCGGAAGAGAGCUCACCCGAGAGCAAGCGCCUGGAACCGAGACGGACGAGAUUGUCAAUAUUCUCUACUACCCUUCGUUACCCUACUUGGUCUCGGUCCAUGCCGACCAAGUGCUCAACUUCUACACCCUCAAACCAGCCGAGUCGCUCGGUGUGCAGGACACCAUCGACCCGCUACCCAUAUUCCGCCGCGUUUCGGGAACACACGACGAGGUCAUCGACAUUGCCUACGUUGGCAAAGACAAGUCUCUACUGGCGCUCAACACCAACUCGGAAGACAUCCGCAUCAUCACGUUGAACGAGUCCGACGGAGACGAUGCAACUCAGGGCAGAUACUUCGGUGCGGAUGUCGGCUUACUCAAAGGACAUGAGGACAUCGUCAUCUGUCUGGACGUAGACUGGUCAGGCCACUGGCUUGCUACAGGUGCCAAAGACAAUACGGCACGGUUAUGGCGAAUCGACCCCGAGAACGAAUCCUACACUUGCGCCGCAGUCCUCACUGGCCACGCCGAGUCACUCGGCGCGAUUGCAUUGCCGCACACAAUACCUCAGGAAUCGUCAGCCGCGUUCACAGACCCCCUCUCACAUCCACCCGCAUACAUUGUGACCGGAUCGCAAGACAGGACCGUCAAGCGGUGGGAUACUACCAAAGAGAUGAAGGGCAAACUGCGAGCCAAGUACACCCGCAAAGCACACGACAGAGACAUCAACGCCAUUGACAUCGACCCCUCUGGCAGUCUCUUCGCAUCCGCAUCGCAGGAUCGCACCGUCAAGAUUUAUUCCGCCGCAGAAGGAGAGGCUAUCGGUGUCCUUCGGGGCCACAAACGCGGUGUAUGGUCGGUCAAGUUCGCACCCAAGGCGUCGCAGGCGCCAAACUCGGGAAACAAGGGUUUGAUCGCAACAGGCAGCGGCGACAAAACGGUCAAGUUAUGGAGCCUAGCAGACUACAGCUGUUUGCUCACCCUGGAAGGCCACUCCAACAGCGUUUUGAAGCUGUCGUGGUUGCCCUACCGACCCGUCGAUGCACGAGACAAGCGCGGUCCGCAAGUAGCCUCUGCAGCUGGUGAUGGGCUUGUCAAGAUUUGGGACUCACUCUCGGGUGAGGCCAUGACCACACUUGAUAACCACACCGACCGUGUCUGGGCGCUCGCCGCGCAUCCAACAACAGGCGCCUUGGUUUCUGGUGGUGGAGACAGUGUCAUCACAUUCUGGGAGGAUACAACAAGCUCCACGCUGGAAGCUGCCACGACUGCAGAGACAGAACGCGUCGAACUCGAUCAGAAACUACAAAACUACACGUACGCCGGCAACUACCGCGAAGCUAUUGUACUCGCCCUCCAAAUGGACCAGCCAGCCCGCCUCUUCUCCCUCUUCAAGUCCGUAGUAGAGACUGAGCGCCCAGAUGCAGACAGCCUCUCAGGUCUCCAUACUGUCGACGAAGUACUCGCCUCUUUAGCUGACGAGCAGUUGUACAAACUGCUCAUCCGCCUCCGUGACUGGAACACCAACGUCCGCACCGCGCCGAUCGCUCAAAAAGUCCUAUGGACUGUAGUCAAGUCCUACCCUGCUUCUCGGCUAGCCGGUCUGAGGCCGCAGGGGAAAGUAGGGGCGAAGGGCAGUUUGAAGGACGUGCUAGAUGCUAUCAAGGUGUACUCUGAGAGACACUACAAACGGGUAGAGGAGUUGGUAGACGAGAGCUACUUGCUGGACUUUACUCUGAAGGAAAUGGACGAAGUAGCUGGGGAGAUCAAGGCCAUCACGAAUGGCACAUCGCAGCUGGGCCUGGAGAGGGACAUUGUAAUGGUUGAUUGAAGGCACUCUGAGGAAAGCCUGUUCAGUGAUGACUUCAAAGCGAGUAUUUGUGUUAUAGGUUCAGUGUAGACACCAAAGUUUGUCAGUAUCGAGCUACAUGUCCUGCUGUUGCACUUGCUUUGCGUGACACCGACGAUGAUGGUCGCCAGCGCAUGCUCCAGCCUUCAGUCGCAGGGAAUACUCGGCGCAAAGCAACAACGUCUCGAAUCUUGCAUAUUCUUUGACAGUGCCCAGCAUCUCUUGCAGCUCCCAAAUUGGGGUACGUAGAUACGCCUGCGAAUAGAUAGAUCGCCGUCCCGUGCCUCGGUUAUUCUGACCGGCUAUGAGAUCACCGGUCCCGACUCCUCACCCAGCACCUACAUACAU